GACGAUGCGCGCUGUCGCCGCCGCGCUCCUGUUCGUCCUCAUGGCAGCCGCUCGUGGCGUCCCGGCGAUCGCGCAUGUGGAUCGUCUCAAGUGGUGUGACCAGGUCUGCCGUGACCGCCUGGUUCCCUGCAACGGUUACCAUGGCGACGGCGGUGCAGCAAAACUGCGGUCGUCCGCGUCGGGUCCGGUCAGCUGGCGUCAGAUCCGUGGCCUGACACCCCGGCAGCGGGCUUUCUGCCGGCGCCACCGGGACCUGGUGCCGGCGCUGGUGGAAGGCGCAAGGCGAGGUGCGCGCGAGUGUCGCCGCCGCUUCCGACACAGCCGCUGGAACUGCCAGGCACUUGGGCAGCACCUCGAGUUCGGCCAUGUUCAGGUCAAAGGGACGCGCGAGGCGGCCGUGCAGUACGCCCUGCACAGUGCAGCCAUCACGCACGCGCUGCACAGGGCCUGCCAGCGGGGCACGCUGGCCACGUGCUCGUGCGGCGCGGCCAGCCAGCGCCGGCGCACGCUAGAGCAGUGGAAGUGGACCGGCUGCCUGAGCGGCCUCAGCUUCAGCGCCAGGAAGGCCAGGAAGUUCGUCAACGCCAGGGAGGUGGAGCUUGACGCCAGGAGCAGGAUGAACGUGCAUAACAACAAAGUAGGGAUCAGGAUGGUUACGCGGCGGACGCGGCGAAGGUCGCUGUGCCAUGGCGUCUCCGGCAGUUGCGCGCUCAGUACCAGCUGGCAGGAGGCUCCCCGGUCGUUCUCGGCGAUCGGCGUGCCCCUGGCGGCCGAGCGCGAAAGGUCGGUGAUGGUGGUGCUGAGUCCGGCCGGCUCGCUCCUGAAGGCGGCCACCGGGGCGCCGCCCAGCUCCAACAGGCUGGUGCACCUGGAGCUGUCCCCGAGCUACUGCGAGUCGGACCCGGACACUGGCUUUCAGGGCACGGCUGGUCGGCCCUGCCGCAAAAACAGCUCAGUGGCGGGCAGCUGCGCUGACCUGUGUUGUGACCGAGGCCACAGCUCGCGGGUGGUACCCCAGGUCUUCUGCUGCAACUUCCACACGAACUCGGCCAAGCCCAGUCGCUGUCGACACCAGACCCGCGUCAGGACGUGCAACUAAACGCUCCGACAUCCACGGCGUGAUUCAGAUCAUGCUUUGGCGUGUGGGCUUCCUCUGAUUCCUGUAAAACUCGCUCAGGGGCGGAGCUUUGCGACAUCCUUUGCUUCGCUCAGGUUGAUCAUAGGUGGCGCUGACCGCGAUGAGACAGAAAUGACUGCGCUGGCACUGUGUCUUGAUGUUGUGAACAUUGAUGCUUUCAACGACCAUGUUCGAGUCACUGCGAUGAUGUCGACGCGAGGUGAGGUUCGACUCACCAAUUUGUAUGUUCCAUGUAAUAGGCUAUUAAUCCGUGAUAUACAAUAUCCAUCCUGCAGUGAGGAAUGUACGGUAUUAUGAUGAUAUUAAGAUUUAGCACAUUGUCCCGCUGUGUAGCUAGUGCUGUUAGUGAUGUUGGACCAUAUCGUAGGAAGUAUCAUAAUUUGCCGAGAUGCUUUACACCGUCUGAAUGGUCUGUCUUAGUGUAGCUUUUUAUUUUCGGUUUUCAUGACAUGGGUUCAGAUGUACACUCAGCACGGUUCAGUAGUGCGUCCUAUGAGCGUUCGGACCGAGAUCUUCACGCAUUACAUUAAUGAUGCCAUGGCAGGAUUGGUCCAGCACUCCAGGCUCUGGAUGGCACCGUAAAACGGAUAGCCGAAGUGCGGGACAUUACCAAAGUCUACCAGGCUUUAAACCAUCGGAUUAGGCUCCUUGCGCCGCACAGAUGUUUACUCCCAGGUCCUCGGUAUACCACCGUGCCACUCACUCCACCGAAGCAGGCCGGCUAGAGCUGGCAGGGUGCCGAGUGGCGUGUUCGCUGAGGGGUUUCCGCCACCGAGCGUCCCUCUUGUGCAGCCGGCCGCCGGUCGGUGUGGCUGGGGGCCGCUCACUGCCUGCCUUGAAGCGUGCCGUGGGUGACACGGAUAGCUGGGCGGAUACUUGAGGUGCAGUGAAAUUGUUCUUGAUGCAUAUUCAUGUUCUUACGUCUUUUUUGUUUUUUUUCGUGUUUUUUUAUUUCUGUCGCUUUGGUGUCAUUUCGUCGCGCGAAUCGUGUGUCUCGGUGUAUUUAAAGUAAUUGCGUAUCUGGCUUUGUUUUGUAGUGUACAGGCAUUGGGCAAUACACUUUUCUCUAGUGUUUUGCAAUCAUGUGGUCACAAAUCUGUAAGAGCCAUGUUAUGUAAGGAGUCUAGGUGAAAUACAUACAUACAUCCAGCAGCUCAGCUG